ACAAGGCGAAGAGCUUCGGGGUUAACGAGGCCAGGCAAGCAGGCAACAAUCAACCUUCUCGGGGGAGAGCAGCAGCAGCAGAUACCAAAAACAGCAGCGAUCCCAAUCGAAGCAAUCAAGCAAUCAAUCGUACCGACUGAGUCUUACUCACUCACCAAGGGAAGAGUCCACACUCCUCACUCUCAUUGUUGUUGCCAUUGUUGUAGUUGUGGCAGUUGCUAUUGCUGUUGUUGUUGCUGAUAUAGGAGAGAGCCAAAAGAGGACCCAUUGGAGACAGUAGGUGUCGCCGCAGCCGUUGACCAUUUUCUACCACCGUGGAACUCCAAGCGCUCGAUCGAUCGGAUCACCAUUAUUUGAUUGAGCGAUCCCUGUCAUCGGAAGAUCCAAACAUUGCUCUACACUAUCGAUAGUAGAGAGGAGACCUAGUUGCUAGUAGAGAAGACAAGCCCACCAUGGUCCACGUUCGCAAGGCCCGUACGGCCUUUCUCUUCUUCCAGAGCGAGUUCCAAGCAAAGAUCAAGAAACAGCUUGGGGGCAGCAUGGGAGAAGCAAUGACUGAGCUAUCAGCUCGUUGGAAGAGACUCUCGGACGAAGAACGAGAAGUAUAUUUGGAAAAGGAACGAAUUGAUCGAGCACGAUACGAACAAGAGGCGGCAGAAGCCGAUCGGAUUGCCUUGAUCGAACAGGAAGAACGACGCAAACGGGUUGGACUCGACGAUAAUGAUAUUGCCGAAGGACAAAAGCGUGGAGCCCGACAACGCAACGAUGACGACCGAGCCGAAAAGGAUCGACGCAGAAAACAACGACAACAGAAAAUUGAAGCCGAAUUGGAUCCAGAAGUCAUUGAGGAACGAAAGCGCGCCAAAGAACAAAAGAAACGAGAGACGGAAGAACGACAACGCGUACGAGCGGAAAAGGAACAGGCAAUGGCCAAACAGCAUGCCAAACUAGACAAGGAACAAUCCAAAAAGUCAGCCAAUCGAUUGGAGUACCUGCUCAAUCAGUCCAGCAUUUUCGGGAAACUCAAAAUGGGAGGAGCCGCUGAGAAACAAAAGGAAGAAAUCACAAAUGCCAAACGAGAUGCCAAAGACAGAAAGAAGGCGGAAGCACAUCACCGUCCGGCACCCGAAGGAGAAGAGGAAGAUGCACUAUCCGAGGAUGAAGAAGAUGACAAGGAACGACACGUCUUUCUCACAAAACAGCCCAACUGUAUCAAGUUUGGAAAACUCAAGCCGUAUCAGGUCGAAUCCUUGAAUUGGAUGAUUCAUCUAGCCGAAAAGGGUCUCAAUGGGAUCUUGGCGGAUGAGAUGGGAUUGGGGAAGACCUUGCAAUCGAUCUCCAUCCUUGCCUACCACUACGAGUACUUGAACAUUCAAGGCCCGCACAUCAUCUGUGUACCCAAGUCCACUCUUUCCAAUUGGAUGAACGAACUCAACAGAUGGUGUCCGGCGUUGCGAGCCAUCAAGUUUCAUGGGAGCAAGGAAGAUCGAGAGUACAUGAUCGAAAACGACUUUUCGCAAGAAGCGGCGGCUCACGAUGGGAAACGCCCACAAAAGCAAGUCAUGAACGAGAAGGGAGAAUUGAUCGAUGACAAUUCGGACAAUCCGCGAACCUGGGACGUUUGUGUGACCACCUACGAGAUGUGUAACACCGAGCGAAAAUUAUUUCAACGAUUUGCAUGGAAGUACCUGGUAAUCGACGAGGCGCACCGUUUGAAAAACGAUGCCAGUAUGUUCAGCAAGACGGUUAGGUCAUUUCGAACAGCCAAUCGGUUGCUCCUAACAGGGACGCCCUUGCAAAACAACCUUCACGAACUCUGGGCGCUUUUGAACUUUUUGCUACCAGACAUCUUUUCGUCUUCGGAACAGUUCGAUGAAUGGUUUGACCUAGAAGUUGAUGACGAGCAAGCCAAGAAGGAUAUGAUAUCGCAACUGCACAAGGUGUUGCGUCCGUUCAUGCUGCGUCGACUCAAGUCUGAAGUCGCCAAGGGGCUACCACCCAAAACGGAAACAAUCAUUAUGGUGGGAAUGUCCAGGAUGCAGAAGCAGCUAUACAAGAAGCUGCUCCUUCGAGAUAUCGACUCCAUUGUAGGUCAGGGCUCCGGCAAGAACAGGACUGCUAUGCUCAACAUCGUGAUGCAAUUGAGAAAGUGCUGCGGCCACCCAUACUUGUUUGAAGGUGUGGAGGAUCGAACAUUGGAUCCACUUGGAGAUCAUCUAGUUGAGAACUGUGGUAAAUUGAGUAUGGUGGAUAAGCUGCUGAAACGCCUCAAAGAACGAGGUAGCCGUGUCCUAAUUUUCACCCAAAUGACACGUAUCCUGGACAUUUUGGAGGAUUUCAUGGUGAUGCGAGGAUACCAAUACUGUCGCAUUGACGGGAACACCACGUAUGAAGUUCGAGAAGAGUCGAUCGACGCGUUCAACGCUCCCAAUAGUCCGAUAUUCUGUUUCAUUCUCAGUACUAGGGCAGGAGGGCUCGGUAUCAAUCUCCAAACUGCAGAUACCUGCAUCCUCUAUGAUUCUGAUUGGAACCCGCAGCAAGAUUUGCAGGCGCAGGAUCGGUGCCACAGGUUGGGACAGAAGAAACCGGUCAAUGUCUACCGAUUGGUGUCGCAAAACACGAUCGAAGAGAAGAUUGUGGAACGAGCUCAACAGAAACUCAAACUGGAUGCUAUGGUAGUCCAGCAAGGGCGCCUCAAAGACAAGGAUAAUAAGAUUAGCAAAGAUGAGAUGAUGGCUGCUGUCCGUUUUGGUGCCGAUACUGUCUUCCGAUCAGAGGAAUCCACUAUCACCGACGAAGACAUUGACGUAAUUCUUGAAAGGGGCGCGGCAAAGACCAAGGAACUCCAACAAAAGCUAUCCAAGGCAGAGAAGGGAGAUCUUCUUGAUUUCCGUCUAGAUGGAGGAAUCAGUUCACAGGAGUUUGAGGGGGUUGAUUACAGCGACAAGGCUCUUCGUGAUCACUUGCGAAUGCUGGCUGCCAACUCAAUCGGCAAGCGUGAGAGAAAGCCACCGCCCACCAGCUACAACCCCAUCAUCCACACAAAGAAGAGCAUGACUAUCAACAACCAGAAAGUGAAGCUCCCCAAGAGCCUGCGCUUGCCACCCAUGGAAGAUCACCAUUUCUUCAACCGCGAACGGCUGAUCGACCUUGGGAAACUAGAGUUCGAAACCUACGCAACGCUUCGGGAGCUGGGUCAGUUGCCACCACGCGAUUACGUCGACAGAGCAAGAACAUUGCUCCCUCCAGAACUGGGUCAGGAAAAAAUUGAGCUUCUUGACGAAGGAUUUGGUAGCUGGACCAAGACUCAGUACUACCACUUCGUGAAAGCCGCUGCAAAGUACGGCCGUGACGAUAUUGCUGCUAUUGCUGCUGACAUGGACAUGCAGGAAGAGGCGGUUGCAGCAUAUAGUGACGCCUUUUGGAAGUACGGACCUACUGAACUAAAGUCCGACUGGGAGAGAGUCGUUGCAAGUAUCACCAAGGGAGAGCAAAAGAUUGCCAAGCAGAAGAAGCUGACUGGUCUACUUUCAAAGUUUGUGUCCACUUUCGAUGAUGCUCGCAACGACAUGACGUUUGCGAAUAAGGGUACGACUCACUUCGCUCUCGAGCAAGACCGGGCCUUACUCUAUGCUGUUGACAAGCAUGGGUACGGUAAUUGGGACUCUGUGCGCGAGGAAAUCAAGACCGAUCGAAGGCUAAUGUUUCAGCACACUGUCCAAGGGAUGACGACGGGUAUGAUCGUCAAACGGUGCGACUACAGAAUGAGGCAGAUGGAGAAGGAGCUUGAAGCCCGUGAAAAAGUGCUCAAGAAUCAGAAGCCUGCGAAUGUGAUUGCGGCUCAGAGAGCGAUCGAAGCAAUCAAGGAGGCCGAUGGGUUUGAUGAUAGGGCGCUCGCUAUCGAGCUUCGUGGUGAGAACUUUGCAUCCCUAUCGCCACUCUCCAAAGAUGCAAGGCAGGUUGAAGAGGAACGCCUCAAAGACCGCAAAGUGGCGGUUGACCGCUUGAGAGACAUUGAAGUGCAACUGCAGAGAUGCAAAAUGGUGGCAGAGGAGACGAAAGAAGCUAUUCACCGUGGCGACCAGUACGUGAACUAUAGCAACAUUUCGCUCUCGGUGAAAGGAAAGAACGUCGCCGCGGAGAAGGCAGGAGUUUGUUCCGAUCUAGAGGAACGGAUCAACCAGGCCGUCCUACGUGUUCCGGAGUGCGGUGUCUGCGUUUAUUGUACCGAGAAAACGUCUCGUCGUAAGCUUUGCCGAGACCGGCUGGAUGUGCGCGAGGAACUGAUCGCAGCAGCAUUGAAAAAGGAGGGAUUGACGGACCCCAACAACAAUAAGGCAAAGCCAGCAGCUGUCAAUCCUAAAAAGCGCAAGGCCGAACCGGCGCAACCCACAAAGAAAGCACCCCCGAAGGCAGCUCCAAAGAAUCCAGGCCCGAAGAAACCCCUGAUGAUAAAGCAAGCCAAUGGGAAGCUCAAGCAGAGGGUCACUUCCAAUGGCAACAAGCGCAUGGCAAUCCCUGACGAAGUUUUUCCGGAGUUCUGUCGGCGAAUUGGCGCGGCCGGCACUGGUGAAAGGAACACUCUCAUCAAUCAGUUUGUCGAGGACAACCCGACUAUUUCGCUUCGGCAAGUCUCCAUCAAGAUGAGCGAAAUCACUACUAAGGAUCGCCCUGCUUGGAUCCCACCUCCAGAGAAGAAAGGUGGGCGUGCUUUCAUGUUCUACCUUCGCCCUCGUCACUACAAGCACCUGCCACCCAACGAACGCCCUGAAGGGUGGGAGGUCUAUGCAGCAGAAGACGAACGCAAGUUUCAAGAAGAGCAGGUCAAAAAGAAGGAUGACAAAAAGGACAUCGAGGAGGGGCCGCCCAAGAAGAAGAUGAAAACGGAGUAAGUCCGCUACCGGUAUGACUGGCCGUGCUGGGGUAAAGAAGCUCUGAUGGAUCCACGAAUGAUUGAAUCGAAUUCGACCAGCUGAUAAUCCACGAUAUAGCUAGCUAGCCCUAUUAGUCAACUCUAUGCUUUUGCUU